GUCUGUGAUGUCAAUGUAAACACACGUGCUGUAUUUAUUGUUUUGCACGUUAAAAUGGAUAUCGUAAACGAAAUUUUUAAUAAGGCGAAAGAAGAUUCAUAUAAACCUAUAACCGUACAAAAACAUUUAGAUCUUAAUUUGGAUCUAGGCACUUUAUUGGCAUCGGAUAUAAAUGAUUUGGAAGACAAAUCUCUUAGAUCUAAUAGAAAUGUCUAUUUAUUGAAUUUGACGAGGGACAACACCCAAAUCUUAUUUAAUGAAAUUUGGCAAUUACCUACAGAGCGUAUUGAAGAGACAAUAGUAGCCAGAUUACCUACACCUUCUACUGUUCUACCUAGGUCAUUGCCUGUGCCUAAGCCCAGGCAACUAACUAAGUGGGAAAAGUUUGCUAAAGAGAAAGGGAUCGUUAAAAGGAAAAAAGCUCCUGUGUUCCAUGAAACUUUACAAAAAUGGGUACCCAAUUUUGGUUAUAAAUCUGCCCUUGCUGAGAAAGAAGAUAAAUGGGUUGUUGAAGUUCCACAAAAUGCUGAUCCAAAUGAGGACCAGUUUGCUAAAGCAGCACACGAGAAAAAGGAAAGGGUAGCUAAAAAUGAAUUACAAAGACUUAGGAAUAUUGCCAGAGCUAAGGGUACAAAAGUGCCAAGAACUGGUUUGCCAACAACUGACAAAGCAUCUGCGAAACAAUUAAAUGCGGCUGUUUCUGUUGCAAAAGCAUCAACAGCAUCAUUAGGAAAAUUCCAACCAAAACUACCUAAAGAGAAAAGUGCUAGAGGCCUGGGUGUUCAUGAGCUCAUACCUGGAGGAAAUAAGAAGCGUAAACCAUCACAUUUAACUGAUGAAAAAUCAGAAAAUUUGGAAGUUAUAAAUUCAAUACUUAACAAAAGACCAAGAAUUGAUAUUGAGAAAGCUGUAUCAAGACAUUGUAAUCAAGAACAAUUAGAACGAUCAGAAGAAAAUAGAAAAAAAUCGGGUACAAAUAGGAAGAAAACUGGUAAAAGUUUGCUUAAAGGCAAAGGUGCUGCUAAACCUAAGGGUGGCAAAGGGCAACGUAAUCCUAAGAGGCAUAGUGCAGGACGAAAAAGGCGCUAAUAUAUUUUUUAUAGAGACCUCUGUACUCUCUAAUUGUUAAUAAAUUUUCAAUAAACUGAUGUGUUUCUACAUAUAACUAAUAUUACAACUAUGGAUACUGCAUGAGAUAUGGACAAGAAUCGCAAACGAAAA